AUGAAAGCCCCAGACAGCAGAGAGUCUGCGGUCAUCCACGUUCAAGAUGCAGAUGAGCUGCGCUUGGCCCAAAUGGGUCACAAACAGGAACUAAAGCGCCAUUUCUCUGUCUGGAGUUUAAUUGGACUGGCCGCUAACUGUACCAUAUCCUGGACUGUUAUCUAUGGAUUCAUCCUCGUUUUUAUCCUUCAGUGUUUCUUGGGCACCUCGUUGGCUGAAUUCGUCUCGGCUUACCCAGUCGAAGGUGGAAUGUACCACUGGAUCGCAGCUAUUGCCCCAAAGCGCUAUAACAGUCUCCUGAGCUUCCUGACGGGCUGUUCUACGGUUUUUGGCUGUGAGACGAUAAUACUACCGUUAAUUCUAGUUGGACACUGUGCUAACUAUAUUGUAGGGAUAUUUACGGCGGCAUCAACAAAUCUGGUAUAUGCCUCAAACUUCAUGGCUCUAAUUGCGUUGUACCACGAUGACAUCAAGCUCCAACCAUGGAUGACCUUUGUUGCAUAUCAGGUCUUGAAUGUGUUGACAUCUGCUGUGGUUAUGUUUGGAAACCGUUUCAUCCCGGGAAUCAAUAAGUUUGCCUUGGUAUACCUCCAGCUAGCAUGGUUUGUCAUCACGGUCACAGUGGCCGCGACAGCGCCAACCCACAAUGAUAGCAAGUUUGUUUUUCGGACCUGGAUGAACAAUACGGGCUGGGACAGCAAUGUUAUCUGUUUCAUCACAGGUCUAGUAAAUCCGCUAUUUGCCCUCGGUGGGUUAGAUGGCAUAACAUUCGUUCAGCCGGGGCGUAAUGCACCUUUGGCCCUAGCAUGCACCCUCAUUAUUGCCUUCAUUACAGGGCUUUCUUACCUUCUGAGCCUUAUGUUCUCGGUACAAGACUGGUCGAGCCUGGCAGACAGCCCAACGGGUCUCCCACUUGCAGCGAUCUUUGGUCAAGCAACACAGAGUCGAGGAGGCGCUUUCGCACUGACAUUCCUUCUAUGGAUUGCUAUUGGGCCUUGCAUGAUUGGCUCACAGCUCAGCACUGGAAGAAUGCUUUGGGCUUUUGCUCGAGAUGAUGGCCUCCCCUUUUCCAAGGUGUGGGCCCGAGUCAACCCUCGAUUCGGGGUCCCAUUGAACGCACAAUUGUGUGUUGCAGUGAUUGUAAGCCUUCUGGGCUGUAUCUAUCUGGGAUCUAGCACUGCCUUCAACUCCAUGCUUAGCUCCGCAACGACGAUUAACAAUAUCGCAUACCUCGUGCCCAUCUUCACCAAUGUCGUGCUGAAUCGCAGCACGAUGCAUCACGGCCCUUUUUGCCUACCGCAUAUUGCAGGCAUGACCGUCAACAUUGUUACUGUCGUCUGGCUGGUCUUUGCCAUCGUCUUCUUCAGUUUUCCGUUCUAUAUGCCCGUGACCGCAUCAAACAUGAACUACACGUGCGUCUGUGUCGGCGGAUUCAUCAUCGUUGAGCUCAUUUGGUGGCUGAUUGCGGGCAAGCGGUACUCGAAGACGGUGCAAAAGGCGAGGGAGGAAGAGAACAAUGUGAUGGUUAGGGUGGACAGCAAGAACUUGUGA